AUGUCUACAGACCCUCGGCGCGCUCGCCUCCAGGCGCGAAUACAGACACCUCAAGCCGCUCAACCGACACCACAACCUCCCCCGUCUUCUACUGUAGCUCCCUCUCCUACCGUACCUACUCCGACAGCGCCCGUUCAUUCGCAAUCCAUUGCUCCAACAGGCCUCGACGGCAGCGUUGAUACACCUACCCCACCUACCACAGCGGCGCCUACAGCGCAUGCGCCCGCCACUUCGCAAGAUGAAAUCCCCUUCAAACUCAAAUUUUGCACAGUCUGUGCCUCCAACAACAAUCGCUCGAUGGAGGCUCACCUUCGACUCUCCACCUCAACGCACCAAUAUCCCGUCAUCUCCUUCGGCACGGGCAGCUACGUCCGCUUACCAGGCCCCUCGAUAUCACAACCCCAAGUCUACAAUUUCAACACCACAUCCUAUACGAAGAUGUACGAGGAACUCAACGCGCAAGAUCCGCGCCUUUAUCGAAAUAACGGGAUAUUAAACAUGCUUGAUCGAAAUAGAAAGAUUAAAUGGGGACCGGAACGGUUUCACGACUGGAUUGUUGGCGCUGCCAGGAUGGAGGCCUUGAAUCGCGGAGACAAAGGCGCCGUGGGAACGGAGGGAGGUGUGGUGGAUGUGAUUUUUACCUGCGAGGAACGAUGCUGGGACGCUGUGGUGGACAAUUUGCUCGACCGUGGCGCACCGUUAAAUAGACCUGUUCACGUGUUUAACAUCGAUAUUAAGGAUAACCACGAAGAAGCGCUUGUCGGCGGUGGAGCAAUCCUUGAGCUCGCUGACAGCUUGAACGAGGCCGCCAUCCAGGAGAGGCAAUUAAGCGGUACACAAGGGUGGGAGAAUGGGACCGGAGCGGCGAGGAUGAGCUUUGAUGAGAAAGUGCCAGAGAUUCUUGCUCGGUGGCAGGAACGGUGGCCGAAUUUACCAGCACUGUGGACUCUGUCGUGGUUCUAG